AUGGUGGCCUCCAGCCAAACGCCCGUCUCGACCGAUACGGAUUCUGCCAUAACACCCACAACAGACGAGAAAGAAACUCUGGAUAUCGAAAGCAACAAUUCACCACCUCUCAAAAGGAAGAGGAAGCCAGUGCCUGGCAAAGGCUUUAGCAAGUCGCGACAAGGUUGUUACAACUGCAAGCGACGCAGAGUCAAAUGCUCCGAGGCGAAACCAGAAUGUUGUAGCUGCAAUCGCAUGGGGCUAAUCUGCGUAUAUCCGGAGGCUCCACGGCCUACACUCAAAAGAUCACACAACACAGCUUCAUCAAGUUCAAAAUCAUGCGUUAACCUCAACCACCUGCAUUUCUACCAUCAUUUCCUGCUGGAAGCUUACCCCCCUGCGCCGCAUGGUGCAGAACCAGUCUGGCGCAAUGUUGCCGCCAUGUCUCACGAGCAUCUCACCUUGUUUCAUGGCGCAGACUACUCUAUCCAGGCACUGGAUCUGCGAGUCGCCGCCAUCAAUGGCCUCAACGAAGCCUUGUCACAGCCAUGUCUGACGACCAUUGACGCCGAUGCUCGAUAUGCGGCUAUUAUAGCAUUGACUUACCAAUCUGCCUAUAUGCCAGAUGCAAUGAUGGAAUUUAUAACGAUGCUACGAGGGUGGAUGUUUAUCCAGACAAAAGUGGUUCCAGACCUCGAAAUAUCCAUGUUCCGGAACUUUACGAGGGAGGCAUUUGUUGGGAGUAUGAAACAACAUAUCGCCCGGCAGCUGACGAACAAGAGCCCAAUCAUGCUGGAUGACUAUCUUGCCUCUCUCAAAGUUGUUCGAGCGUUGUGCCAGGGAACCGCAGAGAUCAAAUAUCUCUCUGCACUCGAAAGGCUGGGUCGCUUGGCAAGGCAGUCUCCUAUUGACGCGUUCUCAGAGAUUGUGCCUUGCUACGGAUUGACAAAUAAGAUGACGGAAGAGGAGUUUAAGGCAUUCACAGAGCCAUCCAACAGCUGCGCGCGUGUUUUACUAUCGCAUUUUCUCAUGCUGAACUACGCUUUAGAGCAGCACUUUCUUAGUCCGCCGUCAAAACACUUUGCCUUUUGCAAAGAGAUUAGUACAGCGUGGGUUAUUAGGGUAGCUGCAGGUCUGCCUUUCAAGUUUCAGCAGCACAUGAUGUGGCCGCUGGGAAUGGCGACUGGCUCAAUGAAGACUUGAUGAUUUUAUAAUAUUAUGGAACUAUUCUCUAAAUUAUAAGCGCGUGGUUAAAAAUUAGGAGCAAGAUAAAUGAAAAUGGAC